AUGAUAUUUGCAAUGGCUCAGUACCUGGUGACCAUUCAGGUUGUGGUCAUGGGCUUCAUCCAGGAGGAAUCAGCAUUGCAGGGCCCAUCCCAGGGUCAUAUAGAGGGAGAUGAUGUUGGAGAACUGGAGGAACCUGGUCUUGCUCAGCAUGUGCCCAAUAGCUACCAGAAUGUUCUAGCCUUCCUAUUUGCCAUAGAGCAAAUCAACAAGAAUCCUCAUCUUUUACCCAACAUAUCUCUGGGAUAUGAGUUCCAUAACUUUCCUUACAGUCACUGGAGGAUGUUGGAGACUUCCCUCAUUUUGCUCACAGGACAGAAUGACAUCCCUAAUUACUCCUGUAGAAGAAAAAGCAAGUCUGUAGCAGUGUUAACAGGAACAUCAUGGGCAGCUUCUGCUCAAGUUGGAACCCUGCUGGAGCUCUACAAGUUUCCACAGGUUUCAUUUGGGUCUUUUGAUCCUGUGCUAAGAGACAAUGGACAGUUUCCUUCUAUCUAUCAGGCAGCCCCUAAGGACACAUCUCUGGCCCUUGCUAUGGUUUCCUUGCUGCUUCAUUUCAGAUGGACCUGGGUGGGACUGGUCAUUAUGGAAGGUCAGAAAGGAUUUCAGUUUCUCUCAGAUGUGAGAGUGGAGAUGGACAGGAACAAAAUCUGUGUAGCAUUUGUGAAAAUGGUCUCAACUCAUCUUGUAUCAUAUAUGGCAUCUGCAAAGGAAUACAUUAUUUUGACUAAGGAAACUUCACAAGUGAAUGUGGUGAUCAUUUACUAUGACACUGAUUUCCUAAAUGAUGUGAACCAUAACAUAGAGCAGAACUUAUUAACAGGAAAAGUCUGGGUGACCAACUCACAGUGGCAUGCUGACAUGACUGGGAAAAACUUCAUCCUCAAUUCAUUCCAUGGGACACUCAUUUUUUCUAAUCAUCAUGAAGAAAUUUCUGAUUUCAAAACUUUUGUCCAAGAAGCCAACCCUUCCAAAUACCCAGAAGACUUUUACCUCACUAGAUUUUGGUUCAGCAAUUUCCAUUGCUCAUUCUCUGAUGCUGACUGUUCAUUGAAAGACUGCACACCCAAUGCCUCGCUGGUGCAUCUGCCUGCAAAUCAUUUUGACCCAACCAUGACUGAUUGGAGUCACAAUGUACACAAUGCUGUGUAUGCUGUGGCCCAUGCCCUGCAUGAGAUGCUUCUUCAACAAGCACAAAUGUCAUUGAUGGGAAACAAGAAAGUGACAAUAUUUUCCCCCUGGCAGCUCAACCCAAUUUUGAAGAACAUUCAAUUUAACAAUCCUGCUGGAGACCAAGUGAAUUUGAAUGACAGAAGCAAAGUGGAUGUACAGUAUGACAUUCUCAACUUUUGGAAUUUCCCAGAAGGCCUUAGACUUAAGGUCAAAUUGGGAGCAUUUAACCCACAUGUGCCACAUGACCAACAAUUGUCUUUAUCUGAUAUGAUUGAGUGGGCCACAGGAAUUACAGAGAUGCCCUACUCUGUAUGCAGUGAGAGCUGUCAUCAUGGAUUCAGGAAGACCUCUCAGGAGGGAAAACCUGCCUGUUGUUUUGAUUGCACCCCCUGCCCAGAGAAUGAGAUCACCAAUGACACUGAUAUGGAGCAGUGUGUGAAGUGUUCUGAUGACCACUAUGCCACGAUACAGCAAGAUCUCUGCCUCCAAAAGUCUGUGACUUUCCUGGCUCAUGAAGACCUCAUGGGGAAGAUGCUGGCCGGCACAGCCCUGAGUCUCACUGUUCUCACAGCUGCUGUUCUUGGGCUCUUUGUAAAGCACCAAGAUACUCCCAUUGUUAAGGCCAAUAACAGAGCUCUCAGCUAUACCUUGCUCAUUUCCCUCAUCUUCUGCUUUCUCUGCCCUUUACUCUUCAUUGGUCAACCCAAUACAGCAACCUGCAUCCUUCAGCAGACCACAUUUGCAGUUGUCUUCACUGUGGCAGUUUCCACUGUCUUGGCCAAAACUAUUACUGUGGUGCUGGCCUUUAAGGUCACUGCUCCAGGAAGAAGAAUGAGGCAGUUGCUGGUAUCAGGGGCACCAAACUACAUCAUCCCCAUCUGUACCAUGAUCCAACUCACUCUAUGUGGAGUAUGGAUGGGGACAAACCCACCCUACAUUGACACAGAUGCACACUCUGAACAUGGUCACAUCGUCAUCAUGUGCAACAAGGGCUCCCUCGCUGCUUUCUACUGUGUCCUGGGGUACCUGGGCUCCUUGGCCAUGCUCAGCUUCACUGUGGCUUUCCUAGUCAGGAACCUGCCUGACUCCUUCAAUGAAGCCAAGUUCCUCACAUUCAGCAUGCUGGUGUUCUGUAGUGUGUGGGUCACGUUCCUCCCCAUGUACCACAGCAGCAAGGGGAAGGUGAUAGUGGCCAUGGAGGUCUUCUCCAUCUUGGUCUCUGGUGCAGGGCUGCUGGGCUGCAUCUUUGCCCCUAAGUGCUAUAUUAUUUUGUUAAGACCAGAGAGAAAUUCUCUGCAUGGAUUCAGAGAUAAAAGAAAAAACAGGUGCAAAAACCUUUUAGUUAUUAAAUUUCUAAUGUGGCAGGCAAGCGUGGCGCCCCGGAGUGCGGCCCAGAGGCAGCAGCAGCAGUUGGUGAAUAACCUAAAGCGAUCUCCGCUGGGAAGCUCUCCUGCUCUUCAAAGCUCGUUUGCUGAAGAAGCUUGCUAUUCAACAUCUCACUAA